CAAAGUCAACGCACUCCCUUUUUUGUUGGCCAAGUGUUAAUUUAGUAUAUACGUCCUAUUUAUUGUCAUUAAAACUAUACCUAAACUGUUUAGGUAUUAUCUUGAUGAAGGAUUAGUCAUAGGCUACGUAAAUUGGAGAAAUGGCUGCUAUUCGUAAGAAGCUGGUCAUAGUGGGCGAUGGUGCUUGUGGUAAAACUUGCCUUCUCAUUGUCUUCAGCAAAGACCAGUUCCCUGAAGUCUAUGUUCCUACUGUUUUUGAGAACUAUGUAGCAGAUAUUGAAGUUGAUGGAAAACAGGUUGAGCUAGCUCUUUGGGAUACUGCGGGCCAGGAGGACUAUGAUAGACUCCGUCCAUUGUCGUACCCCGAUACUGAUGUCAUCCUCAUGUGCUUCUCUAUUGAUUCUCCUGACUCCCUGGAGAACAUACCGGAAAAAUGGACUCCUGAAGUCAAACACUUCUGUCCCAAUGUUCCCAUCAUACUGGUUGGUAACAAAAAGGACCUGAGAAAUGAUCCGAAUACAAUAAAAGAGUUAGGAAAAAUGAAGCAGGAGCCUGUAAAGCCGGAAGAGGGGCGCGCCAUGGCAGAGAAGAUAAAUGCCUUUGCUUACUUGGAGUGCUCAGCCAAAAGCAAGGAAGGUGUACGUGAAGUUUUUGAAACUGCCACUAGAGCUGCUCUCCAGGUGAAGAAGAAGAAGAAAGGACGAUGUCGACUGCUGUAAACUAAUCAACGUGUCACUUCUGUGGCAGGCUAGGGCUCCUCAACUGUUUUAUUUUAUCCCGAGUCAACACAGUUUAAGUGACUCAAAAUGACUUUUCUAUUAGAUGUUGUAAUUAUGCCAAAUUUCUAAUUGUUGAUUUUCUGUUUGUGAAUAUCACGUUAACUCAAGACGGAACGAUCUGUGACAUUCUAUCGGCUAAUGAGAACAAAACACCGGGGACCUGAUUGUUUAAAACUAUAUUUUUAUAUAAUCACCAUGUCUUUAGGUUGUAACCACAUUUCUCAGUUAGGUUUUAUUUAUGUUGCGAGUCACUCAGUAACGCUACCUUAAUCAAUUUGAGUGCUUCCUCUGAUCGUUCCGUCACUCGACUGCCUGUCGAAAUUGAAUCUUUUCUAGUUAUGUUCAGCAUAAAUUUUAUGUUUCCGUAUAAGCUAUACAUAUAUACCAGUAGUCAAGUAGAGUUUAUUUAUUUUUGUUUAUUCUCGAUCAAAUUUAUAAUGAAUGUUUUGAAAAUAUAUCGAAAGUUUGCUGAUGGUAAGAAAUCACGGCCUGUUACCUGGAUAUUUGCCUUAUUUUUAUGAGAUUGAGUUUUGUAAUAAUUACUUUAGCAGUUUUAUAUUUUUGGCAAUAGUCUUUGUACUUAUUACCCACAAGUCGCUGUACUGUUACCACUAAACCUGGUCCGCUCUACUGCUCAUCUUUUAGAUCCAAAGAUCUUUCUGUGGCUCAUAGCACAAAAUAUUAAUCUCUUCACUUAUGUGGGCUCAGCAUAUUCGUUAGUUAGUUAUGUUAAGUCUUGGCUUUUGAGAACUUGUUUAAGAUAUUAAUCAUUUAUCCUUUCAGAAUGUAAUGCCAAACUUACUUACACUACACGUAGGCACACCCACAUGAAUACAUAUUGUAUGUAUAGUAUGCAUAUUGCAUAUUUAAUCGUACUUUAUGCUAGUGGGUGUGUGUAUGUGUUACAGCGUAUGAAUGUGAGUGUGUGUAUGCAUGUGUGUAUAGGGCUAAUUUUAGAGUUAUUAUUACUAUGAAUUCAAUUUAUUACUAUUGUAAACAGUCAAUUUUUGAAAUAAACUGAUAUUGCUUAUUAA